GAGAAAUGGAAUGCUCGGAUUACUGGUCUACGCAAACAAGUUGAAGAAUUGUUUGAAAGAAAAUAUGCUCAAGCUAUAAAAGCCAAAGGUCCUGUGACCAUCCCAUACCCUCUCUUCCAGUCGCACGUUGAAGAUCUUUAUGUAGAAGGACUCCCGGAAGGGAUUCCUUUUAGAAGGCCGUCUACUUACGGAAUUCCUCGCCUUGAGAGAAUAUUACUUGCAAAGGAAAGGAUUCGUUUUGUGAUUAAGAAGUGACCAUGGCCUUACUGGGGAAGCGCUGCGACGUCCCCGCCAAUGGCUGCGGGCCUGACCGCUGGAACUCUGCCUUCGCCCGCGAAGACGAGAUCAUCACCAGCCUAGUGUCUGCCUUAGAUUCCAUGUGCUCAGCGCUCUCCAAGCUGAACGCAGAAGUGGCCUGUGUCGCGGUGCAUGACGAGAGCGCCUUCGUGGUGGGCACCGAGAAGGGCAGACUGUUCCUGAAUGCGCGGAAGGAGCUGCAGUCAGACUUCCUCAGGUUCUGCC